AUGUGCAACUUCAUCAAAGCCAACGGAGAACAGUGCAAGCUUGCUCGCAACAAAGAUCGAUGCGGAAAGCAUCAGAUUAUUGCAGUUGAAGAAAAUAAUCUUGAAGUCAGUAUAGUAGAAGAAAUGUCGCCACAAGUCAAUACUCCAGUCAUUGCCGAAGUUGUUGAUACACCAGCGCCAUCGGUAAUCAAGCCCGUCGAGGUCUCGAAUGUCGAAGUAAGUAAAGUUCCAGAAUUGGAUGAGUCGAUUGUCGAACCGGUGAUCGCGGAAGGCGUGGUAUAUGAAGAGGAUCAAAGUUCGGAUUUGGAAUUAAAUAAUUCAAACGACGAAUAUGAAGAUGAUUUCUUCUUUGAGAAUCACAUUGAACCCGAGCUAUGCAUUCAGUAUGAUGUGAAGGAGAACUCACUUGAUAUCACCGCUACUGUUGGUGCAUUUGAAGAAUACCUUGAUACGAAUGACAUUGAUGUCGUGAUUUCGGAAAAGACUGACAAAAGGGCCUCGAUUUGA